UCCCUCCAGAGCUAAGCUACUAACAAGUUACAAUUACAACACACACAAAGGAAAUGCCCGAAGCAAGCUCUUCGAUCUCCACUAUCAACCCCAUUGAUCAUCUCCCUCUCUCUAUUAUUGGAUCCGAAAUUAUUCCACCUGCUCCAACCAGAUCCGAAUCUACCAUCGACUGGCUACCAGAUUUUUCCGGUUACGCAUGGAUCGCGUAUGGAGCCUCUUCUCUUCUGGUGAUUUCCCACCUUCCAUCCCCUAUGUCCUCCGACGAGUUCCUGAUCGGCCCCAUUCUCCGGCAAGUUUUCGAGCUCUCCGGCGACCACUCGUCUGCCGUAACUUCCGUCUCAUGGUCUUCAGUGACGCCGUCAAUAGGAGAGCUUGCUGCUGCUUCAAAUAACUGCAUUUAUGUAUUCUCACAUGAUUCUGGAAGCUCCAAAGGUUCUUUUUGUUGGAGUCAGAAUGCAGUGCUUGUACAAUCUACAAAGGUGGAAGCAAUCAAAUGGACUGGCUCUGGGGAUGGAAUAAUUUCUGGUGGAAUUGAUGUUGUUUUGUGGAGAAGGAGAAACAGGUCAUCAUGGGAAAUAGCUUGGAAGUUUAAACGAGAUGAGCCUCAAAAUCUGGUUUCUGCAACUUGGUCAAUUGAGGGACCUUCAGCAGCUGCCAAUGCCUAUCCAAGUAAACUACAUGCUAAAAGAUCUAGUGAUGAGAGCAAGAGUGUGCUUGUAUGUUAUGGGAACAGUAUAUCUGAAUAUGAAAAGUGUGAGCUGUGUCAUCCUCAGCCAGUGUCAAUGGUUCAGUGGAGGCCAUUAACAAUAAAUCAAUCACGUAGAGAUGUGAAACAUUCUCCAAGGCACAUGCUACUAACUUGCUGCCUUGAUGGAACUGCGAGGUUAUGGACUGAAAUAGACAAUGGAAAGGUUAAGAAACUGGGCAAGGACAACAGUGAUCACAAAACAAGAAAAUCCUUUUGUGUUGCUGCUGUAAUUGAGAUUAACCAGGUCUUGAGUGGAAGUUUAGGCAUUGAUAUGGUUUUGAACUGGGCAACAGAACAUGCAGGUGUAUAUAGAACUGGAGAAGGCAGUAACAUCUCCACUGAAAGAUAUGGGCAUGAUUGGGUUGGCAAAUGUGACUGGUUAAUUGGGUUUGGACCAGGAACAGUGAUUACUUUUUGGGUCAUCCACUGUCUUGAUGAUAUCUCACCCGUGAGGUUCCCCCGUGUUACACUAUGGAAAAGACAAGAACUGCAGGAUCUUGAAGGGGGGCAUCUUGGUGGAGCUGGUUUUUCAAAAUUUAAGGACUCCAUUCUUCUUAACAAGGUCCUUAUUUCGAGGAAUUGCUUGUCUAGUCCACCUGAUGAAUGCUCUUUGGUUCAUUUAUUACAUUGUAAUUCCUCGGUCUGGUCUCUGUUACAUAUCCAAAAAUCUGGUGAUAUGGAGGACAGAUCCUCAGACAAGUACUUAACAUCUUCUGCUAAUGGUGUUUCAUGUGGAGGACAUACUAGAAAAAUCCUACAGGUUGCUUUGCAUCCUUAUAUUUAUGAGCUUGCAUUGGCUGCUUCUUUGGAUUCUGAUGGGUUGCUUAUUUUUUGGUCAGUUUCGACUCUCAACAAGUUGGGCCUUUCAACAUUGAUUUCCACGUGGAAGUUUUGUGGAAAGUUUGUUACUUGUGAUUCAUUCUGUAAGUAUACGAGCUUGAAGUGGGCACCUUCUAUGUUGGAUGAAGACCGUGUACUUUUUAUGGGACAUGUUGGAGGAAUAGAUUGCUUUAUAGUUAAGAUUUCUCAAAAGGGAGGGGACGUAAUAUGUCACCAUGCAUGCACCAUACCUUUAACUGGUCACAAUGCUUAUGAGGAUGGUCCCCGAGAUAUCUUUGUGAUACCCCUUCCUUCUACCUGUAACAAGACUUUUAAGUACAAUAAAUUUAUGCUUUUGGGGAUAUGGAUGAAUGCCUUUCAGGCUCUGUCAUGGGAAGUUACUCUACACUGUUUUGACUUGCAAAGGAGUUCUUGUAAAUGUAAUUUUGAUUAUCAAAAUAGUUCUGAGUCCUGUGCAUGGAAAUUUGAAAAUACUUUUGCUAAUAAAAGAUACUGUCUUAGUGUUAACCCGUGCUCAUCUCAGUUGCCAGAGCCAUACUCUUAUGACCAGAUUACUAGUUUUUCUGUGAUAGGCCCGGGAUAUUUAUCUCCUAUGCAAGAAGGGCUAGGUUUAGAUAAAGAUACAUCCUGCAACUUUCCUGCAUAUAUUAUGGCUACAGGGUGCUUUGAUGGUACCUUGAGAAUGUGGAGAAGUAACUCUUCUAAACUGCCAACUCCUGCCAUUCUGUGGGAGCUUGUGGGUAACUUUGUUGCACAUGAAGGCCCUGUUACUGCUAUACGUUUGACUGAUUGUGGUCGGAAGAUUGCGACACUCUCUGCAGGGAGUAAUAUGGAUGGCUCUAGCAUUCUUCAUAUAUGGGACAGUGUACAUCUUAUUGGAGCUGGAAGUUUUGUGUUAGAGGCUAUAUUAUCUAUUGAUGGAGAUGUUGUUGCUUUAAAUUGGUUAACUUUAGGUAAUGGUCAGUUCUGUCUUGGAGUGUGCAUGCAGAAUGAGUUACGAGUGUAUGCUCAGCAGCGUUCUGUAGGCCAGACAUUAGUGAACCUUGGAAAAUCGUUGAAUGGGGAAAACUGGUUUUGCAUUGCAGUUGCUCAUACUCUCCCUGCUAUUCGUGACUUGCUUUGGGGCUCACAGGCUGCAGCUGUCAUUAUUCAUGAUAGUUACUAUAGUGUACUUAGUCAGUGGUUGUUUUUUGUAGAUAACAAGCACCCAGUCAAAUGUCAUGCAAAUUCUGUCGUGGUGGACUGUGAAGGUGGAAAGGGCACGGACAUUCUUUCAUCAAUAUUCACUGAUUGUGACAUUGCCAACAGCCAACUCAGAGAAAAAUCAUUUCUUAUGAAGGCUAAUAAAAAUAAUGAGUACCUAUCAAGUAGUUUGUCUGUAGUCAUGGCUCAACUGAGACAAGGUUCAGAUAAAAGGUUUGGUUUCUGGAGCCUGGUCGAAAUAGCUGAGAAACUAAGGGGAAUGUUACCUGUUUAUCAUCCUGAGGCACUCCUUAUGAAUAUAUAUUCAGGCAAUUGGAAAUGUGCAUAUGCAGCUGUGAGGCAUCUUGCUGAAUAUCUUACCUCUGGUUAUGCUUCUGAGAGAAGAUGCAGCUCUGGAAAGAAUAGCUUUAUUGCUCCACAGAUUCAUUUGUCGAGUUAUUUUGAAGGACUUCUCUCCAGAGAUUCAACUGUUAAAGAGUUUAAAUGGAGGGCUGAUGUUAACUUACCUGCUUCAUCUUCACAAUUUUUUGUCCAUGGGACUAAUUUUGAUGCUUCCAAUAAUAUAUUUCCUUCAUCUACAACAGCAUCUGAGCUUCAUGGUUUCGUAGAGCCUGUUGAGAAGAUGUAUGAUUUAGCAGCUUUAACCAAUGUUGAGAAGUUGCAAAUUCUUGCAAUCAUAGAUCUUCUCACCGAAAUUCAGCAAUCUGCUUCUGCCUAUGAAAAUCUUGAUGAACCUGGGCGAAGGUUUUGGGUGGCAUUAAGGUUUCAGCAAUUAUAUUUUUGUCGAAGGUCUGGUAGAUCAUCUUCUGUGGAAGAAUUGGUUGUUGACACUAGACUAAUGAGCUGGGCCUUCCAUUCUGAUUGUCAGGAAACUUUGUUGGGUUCUUUUCUUCCAAAUGAACCAUCAUGGAAAGAAAUGCAGGCUCUUGGUGUUGGAUUCUGGUUUACCAACAAUGCACAACUACGCACAAGGAUGGAGAAAUUGGCGAGAAUGCAAUAUCUAAGAAACAGAGAUCCUAAGGAUUGCGCCCUUCUAUACGUUGCAUUGAAUCGAAUUCAAGUCUUGGCUGGUCUUUUUAAAAUCAGCAAAGAUGAAAAGGACAAACCCUUGGUGGGAUUUCUUUCACGCAAUUUUCAGGAGGAGAAAAAUAAAGCAGCUGCUUUAAAAAAUGCUUAUGUCUUAAUGGGAAGACAUCAACUGGGGCUGGCUAUUGCUUUCUUUCUACUUGGUGGUGAUAAUUAUUCUGCAAUUACUGUUUGUGCAAAGAAUUUAGGAGAUGAACAGCUUGCCUUGGUAAUUUGUCGACUCAUUGAGGGUCGUGGUGGACCAUUAGAACAUCACCUGAUUACAAAGUUUGCACUUCCAUCUGCAACUGAGAGAGGCGAUUAUUGGCUCGCAAGCCUUCUCAAGUGGGAAUUGGGCAAUUAUUUUGAGUCUUUUCUUACCAUGCUCGGUUUCCCAAAAAAUUGUGUGCUUGGAAAAUCUGCACUUUCAUCCAAUAAUGCUGCUUUUAUGGAUCCUCAUAUCGGAUUACACUGCCUCAUAUUAGCAAAUAAAUAUUGCAUGAGAAAUGCCAUAGGGGAGCGAAAUGCUGCAAUCCUUGGUAGGUGGGCAACUUAUAUGGCGGCUACUGCCUUCAAUAGAAGUGGGCUUCCUCUGGAAGCUUUGGAGUGCCUCUCAUCUUCCUCAAGUAAUUCUGGGAAUAUAGAUCAAGGGAGUAUCUCAGAUGUUGAUGGUUCUCAAAUUCUUCAUGUAAUUUUAAAGCCAUCUGCUAGUGAUUCUGUGAAUUGGCUGUCAAGAAAUGUAGCUUUGCAUCUGGAGUCCUGUGCUAAAUUAGAUUUGGCUCUUCAGUAUUUCUCAAAAUUGAUGGGGGAACAUCCUAGUUGGCCUGACACUAUCAUAGGGUCUGUUCAACUCAGUUCGCAUGUCAAGGACUGUGAGGUUCAUCAAUUUAAAAAAUUGUUAGAAAAUUUUCAAGAAAAACUCUAUACGGGAAUUUCAAAGUUUGAGCAGAAAUUUUUAGUGGUUUCUUCUUGCUUAAUUAAAAUGAUUUUAGUCUGGUUGCAUAAUAAUGGAUCAUUAUUUACUGGAUAUGACAUAUUAUUUGGCUAUACUUCUCAAUAUCACUUACAAGAUGAGAGCCGUUCUGUUGGCAAUUCAGUCUUGUAUCCUCUUCUUCAUAAGACACUUUUGGAAUCUGUUCAAGAUAUUUCCCUUUUACUUUCACGAUUCAUCGUCUCAUGUAGCAUAAAUUCCUUGCAACCUUUUGAAAAUAAUGAAACUGUUGAAACUAGAUCAUGGUCAGAUACGCAGGGGCAUUACUUCCAAGGUAUCAUGUCGAUGUUGUGGAGUUUAAGGACAGCUGUGAGGAGUGUCUCUGGAUUAUCAUCUGAGGAUGUCACAGCAAGGUCCCUUGUUCUACUUGAUUUAUUUGAAUUUUAUGUACAUUUCGCGUCUGCUUGGCUUCAGCGAAACUCCAAAGGUCUCUUGUUGAUGGUGCAACCUCUAUUAAUCACUUGUACUAAUGGGCAUACCCCUUAUGAAGUUGAUAUAACGAAUCUCAAGAACAUUCUUUACCACAUUGCAGAGUUGUUGGGUAGCAAUUUGUCUGUGAAUGAUACAGGAGUAGGGCAUAUAGUUGCUAAUUGUAUGCCAUCUACACAAGACAGAGAAACAAUGCACUCAUUCUCAGAAGAUGAAAAAUGGCAUGUCAUCGGGACAUGCUUGUGGCAGCACCUGUCCAGAUUAUUGAAACAUAAACUACAUUUGCUAUCUAUUAAUAUUGAAGAUGAUUGCUUCUCUGGAGUUUCCCAUGGCUUAAUUUCUUCGUGGCCAUCUGGUUCAAUUGGAUCUGAUGACACCAUGAAAAAAGAAAUUAUGUCAUUUUCAUUGAUAUUGGCCAAGUUACUGAAAAUUACAAUUCUACACGUUUCAUCUUAUCAUGUAAAAAUAUUUGGGUCGCUCCUCCAGUUGAAAGUAGAGAAUGAAUUGCACAUGACAACUUUGACAUGGCUAAAAGAUUCUAUUGCAUCUCAGGCCGAAGUCCUCUAUCAGGAUGCUAGUGCAGACAUAAUGAACAGCAAAGAUGAAUUAUCAACUUUUGAUAUUUUGUGGGACACCUGUGCUGAUCCUAACAUUGUAUCUGAAGGUUUUGCACUAGAAAAAAUAAAUUGGUCUGAGUUUUUCAAUCGUAGAUCAUCUCAAAGCUGGAGUAAAUUCUACAAAAUCAUUAGAGGGGAGUAUGAAACCAGGGAAGGUUUGGAUCAUGAAGUCAGAUUGAGUACUAAUCGUUCCAGCGAUGAGGUUGAGUCACCUGGUAAGGGUUUAUUUAAGAAUGGGCGAGCUGUUCUAACUACCUGGCAGAAGGAUGCAACUAUUUCCAAGGAGGAGACACUUUUCCAAAAUGCUAAAGAAAUAUAUAAGAGAGACGGAGAGCUGUUGGAGGCACUUUGUGUGAACUCUGUCAAUGAAGGGCAAGCUGCAAUUGCUAGCAACCGAAAGGGCAUUAUUUUCUUCAGUUGGAAAGAUGGGGUUACCUUUGUCGAUAAAUCAGAAUACAUCUGGGCUGAUGCUGAUUGGCCACCAAAUGGUUGGGCUGGUGCUGAAUCAACACCUGUUCCAACUUCUGUUUCUCCUGGUGUUGGUCUUGGGAGCAAGAAAGGGUCACACCUUGGUUUGGGAGGGGCAACCCUUGGCACAGGUUCUUUAGCUAGACCAAGGAGAGACUUAACAGGUGGUGGAGCAUUUGGUAUUCCAGGUUAUGCUGGUAUCGGUGCAUCUGGCUUAGGUUGGGAAGUUCAAGAGGAUUUCGAGGAGUUUCUUGACCCACCAGCUACCGUGGAAACAAUAAGUACAAGGGCUUUUUCUAGUCACCCCUCAAGAUCCUUCUUUUUGGUUGGUUCCAGCAAUACACAUAUUUACUUGUGGGAGUUUGGUAACAAUAAAGCCACUGCAACUUAUGGUGUCCUCCCUGCUGCAAAUGUUCCUCCACCGUAUGCCCUAGCAUCGGUAUCCGCUUUGCAGUUUGACCCCUGUGGGCACAGGUUUGCUUCAGCUGCACUAGACGGAACUGUAUGCACAUGGCAGCUGGAGGUUGGAGGAAGGAGUAAUAUCCACCCAACAGAAUCAUCUCUCUGCUUUAAUGGCUAUGCAUCGGAUGUUACAUAUGUUACAUCAAGCGGAUCAGUUGUUGCAGCAGCUGGAUACAGUGCUAAUGGUGUUAAUGCUGUAGUCUGGGACACGUUGGCUCCGCCCACAACCUCACAAGCUUCAAUUAUUUGUCAUGAAGGCGGUGCUCGCUCCAUUUCUAUGUUUGAUAAUGACAUUGGAAGUGGUUCUGUAUCUCCCCUUAUUGUAACUGGAGGUAAAGGUGGUGAUGUUGGACUUCAUGACUUUCGGUACAUAGCAACCGGAAGGACUAAAAGGCAUAAGCAUUUCGAUAACCGUGAUAGAAGCAGCAAUCUGCCUUCUAAUCCCGACUUGCAAGCAGGGGCUGGUGACAAAGUUGGUGGCCAGAAUCAGAAUGGGAUGCUUUGGUACAUACCAAAGGCACACUUAGGAAGCGUUACCAAAAUAUCCACCAUCCCACAUACCAGCUUAUUCUUAACUGGAAGUAAAGAUGGAGAUGUUAAGCUUUGGGAUGCCAAAGCAGCACAGCUUGUCUAUCACUGGCCCAAAUUGCAUGAAAGGCGCACCUUUCUGCAACCCAGUUCACGAGGUUUUGGUGGAGUUGUUAGGCCUGCGGUUACAGAUAUACAAGUUGUUUCUCAUGGUUUUCUUACUUGUGGUUGGGAUGGAUCUGUAAAGUUGGUUCAGCUUAAAGAUCACCAGCAUGAGACAUAAUGAAGUUGCCUAACCAUGAAACUCGGAGAAUUUUAAUAAUUCGUUGAACAUGACUGUGGAAGCGGGUACAAUUUUCGCGCCACUGACUUCAACUGCGGUGGUGCCUACCACCAUCAAUAUGUCAUAUCCAAUCUGUAGACCAUAACUACAGAAAACUGCUAUGCAUAUGGAUUAAAUGAAACAGAAUUCAGGCCAGGCUUCUUGAUCAAACAAUUUUCGGUCUCUCUACUUAGAUCAAGCAUUAUCCACUCGCCUGAUGGUCUAAAUCAAGUGUAUAAGAAUACUGUUGAAUUCCACAGGCGGUAAACCCAUAUCAUCUGUUUCACAGCUCCAUUUCCUCUCCAAGUAUCCUCCUGUUAGAUUCCUUGCUAAGUAACGGUUUUGAACAGGAUGAAAUCAUACCACUGCUGUUUGGUCUUUGAUAUGUGUCUACAGAUGUUUUUAUUUUUUCAUUACGCAGUCAUUUUUUGCCUGGCGAGGAGUCAGUGUCCAUUGUAGUCUAUCAUUAUAUAAUGUUUUGAUAUAGUUAUUCUGCGUCUAGGUGUAUAUUUGGUUGUUCUUGUAUAUAUAUUCCCCUUCCAAUAAAAUUCGAUGUAUACUACAGAAACAUUUAUCACAAA